CCCGCAGGCUGCACGCGGGGCUCGGGCAGUGCCGCCGGGGCUGGCGGGCGGGCAGGGGCCGCGCGGGCCGCCAGAGGAAGCGCUUCUUCGCCAGCGGAGCCCGGCGCUUGGCUCCCGGCCCACUGGGGGCGAGGCGGCGCCGAGGAACCCCGCGGCCCGCCAUGGGCAGCCCCGGGAACCGCAGCCUCGGCGCGGAGGGCGCGGGGCCGCCGCCCUGGGCCGCGCUGCCUCCCUGCAACGAGCACCGCUGCUCGCCCUUCCCGCUGGGGGCGCUGGUGCCGGUGACCGCCGUGUGCCUGGGCCUGUUCGCCGUCGGGGUGAGCGGCAACGUGGUGACGGUGCUGCUCAUCGGGCGCUCCCGGGACAGGCGCACCACCACCAACAUGUACCUGGGCAGCAUGGCCGUGUCCGACCUGCUCAUCCUGCUGGGGCUGCCGCUGGACCUGUACCGCCUGUGGCGCUCGCGGCCCUGGGUGUUCGGGCCGCUGCUGUGCCGCCUGUCGCUGUACCUGGGCGAGGGCUGCACCUACGCCUCGCUGCUGCACGCCGCGGCGCUCAGCGCCGAGCGCUACCUGGCCGUGUGCCGCCCGCUGCGCGCCCGCGUGCUCGCCACCCGCGCCCGCGCCCGCGCGCUCAUCGCCGCGCUCUGGGCCGUGGCGCUGCUCUCCGCCGCGCCCUUCCUCUUCGUGGUGGGCGUCCAGCAGGACCCGCCGCCGGGCCGCAACGCCACGGGCCCCGCGCCGCCGCCCGCGGCCCCUGCCCGCGGGGCCCCCCCGGAGCCGGCUCUGCCCCCGGCGCAGUCCCCGCCGUCGGGGCGCGAGGCGGCCGCGCUGUUCAGCCGCGAGUGCCGGCCGAGCCCCUCGCAGCUGGGCGCGCUGCGCGUCAUGCUGUGGGUCACCACCGCCUACUUCUUCCUGCCGCUCCUGUGCCUCUGCGUCCUCCACGGACUCAUCGGGCGCGAGCUGCGGCGGAGCCGGCGGCCGCUGCGGGGCCCCGCGGCCUCCGGGCGAGCCCGGGGCCACCGGCAGACCGUCCGCGUCCUGCUGGUGGUGGUUCUGUCCUUUAUCGUUUGCUGGUUGCCCUUCCACAUUGGCAGAAUCAUUUACAUAAAUACGAAAGAUUCCCAGACCAUGUACUUUUCUCAAUACUUUAACAUCGUUGCGCUGCAACUCUUCUAUCUGAGUGCGUCCAUUAACCCGAUCCUCUACAACCUAAUUUCAAAGAAGUACAGAGCAGCGGCCUGGAAGCUGCUUCGGGGGAGACGGCCUGCGCAGAGAGGAUUCUGCAGAAGCAGAAACACGGAGGGCACCGCGGGAGGAGACCCGGCUGGCCGCACGGAGACCAGCGCUAGCCUGCGGACGCCUGCCACCAGCAUGGCCAAGCAAGGCGCCUCCUGCCCCAGUGCUCGGACGGCAGAGAAGACAGGUCUGUAGGACACUAAGGACUGAAAGGGGAAUAGACGCUGUUAGGAAGAUUUAGAGCGGUGCACAUUUUGUAAGUUGGCCAGUAACUUCGUUAGCAUAAUUUUUUUUUCAAUCAAGAUAUAAAAAGUAAGUGUGUUGAUCUUUCUAGUUUUCCUUUCAUGUACCUCCUCAGAGACAUUCAUUUUAGCCUCAUGCAGUCCCAGUCGGGAAAUGUGCUCUAUGGAGGUUUGACACGUCUUCAUUCUCCUAGUCUUUGGAAAUAUGAUUGUUCCUUUUACAGUUAGUUCAUAAGGUACAGAGAGAUGCUGCAAUAAAAAUGGUUGUCUUUGAGAUCAAAGGUGUAUUGUGUUUCUAUGUUUUGUAGAUAAAUGUUACAAUGCAUACACAAGGAACCCAGGAUAAUGACAGUAGUGAUUCAAGAAAUUAUUUAAUGCCUAUUUAUGGCAGCAAAAUUUUUUAGAAGCAAGUGAAAGGAAUUCUGGGCUGAGUUCAAUGUUCAGAGCCCCGCUUCUCUCCUGGCUCAGACUAAAUCAUAAAGUUUAGGCACAAUACCUUCCAGCAGAACUACUGAGCAUAAGCAACUGUGUUGCAACCUACUUCUCCAGCCAGGAGGUAGCAAACCCAGGCAGGAAGCCUGAGGGCAGGAAGCUGCAGCAGGACAUCCGGUAAAGACCUUUAAUGCGCCUUAUUUGCCUCAGGUUGGUGGCUAAGUGUUGUCAUGAUUACUGCUUUAAUAGAGAUGAAACUGAGUCUUAGAUUUCCCAAAUAGGAACUGAUGGGUCCUGAGAGUUCCAGUCUUUCAGAUCUUUUAUUUU